CAUAGCAACUUGAUGUAAACAUUGGCUGUGUGGGAGUUGCAGUUACUUUGGUUGUAAGAAGACUAGCUAAUUGUUACCUAACUUAGCGACAUAAUGUCUGAAAUGUCGGCGAUGAACAGAAAAAUUAUUCAAAAUCUAGCAGAGUCGUUUUCAAGGCAAAUAAAACACUGUAAGUUUAACAGAACUGAGAUGGAGUGUCUAAUACGACUAUUUAAUGGAUUGGUGGGAGACCAAAGUGACCGGAGAGCUGCGAAUGGCCUGGACCGGGGUAAAUUCCGGAACAUUCUCCACAAGACGUUUGGAAUGACGGAUGAUAUGAUCAUGGACAGAGUUUUUCAUGCAUUCGACAAGGAUAAUGACGGCUAUGUCAGUGUGAAGGAGUGGACAGAGGGUUUGUCAGUGUUUCUACGUGGGACAUUGGAUGAGAAAAUAAGAUACUGCUUUGAUGUGUACGACUUGAACGGAGAUGGGCAUAUUUCUCGGGAAGAGAUGUUCCACAUGCUGAAGAACAGUCUCAUCAGACAACCAACCGAGGAAGACCCUGACGAAGGCAUCAAAGACCUGGUGGAAAUUGCUCUGAAGAAAAUGGAUCACGAUCAUGAUGGCCGACUAUCGUACGCUGACUUUGAGAAGGCAGUCAGGGAGGAAGACCUGUUACUGGAAGCCUUCGGAACUUGUGUUCCAGAUGCAAAGAGCAUACUGGCAUUUGAACAGCAAGCAUUCCAGGACCCUCUUGAGAACUAAUUCAGUCAUGUUUCCGCCAAAUAAAUAGUUCUCACCAAAUACAUUUACAAUCACAAUCACAAUGCCCAAAUGAACUCUUAAUAUACAGGUCCAUGACUUCUCUCAUCUCCAGUAUUAUAGGGUGUGGUUCCUGUGAAGGCAUGGAAUGGUAGUUAUAUCCUCCUUCGUGGCUUUGGAGUGGUGGCUUUCUUCUCUGCAGGCUUGGACUCUGGUACUGAAGAAAUCUAAUGUGAUAUGACAAAUAAAAGAAGAUGAUUCACACUGAUUAGACUAUGCUAUACAUAUGCCUGUAUAUCAUAUGUAUGUAUAUCAUGAAGUAGAGAAAUUCAAAGAAAUGGUGUAUGUCAAGCUGGAAGUGCAGAGAUUUGGGAAAUGUGAUCUGAUGAAACAACAAAGGGAUUUAUUCAGUUUCAGCAAUGCAUCACCAACCUUUGCCAUAGUGCUUCUUAUUAAAUUAGCUGUAAUGUUCAAGGAAGCAUCCUCCAUGUCCAUCUUAGGUGGUUGUGGUAGUUUUGGUCCAAUCAGGGGUUCACUUUUGUCUGCAAUUCCCAACAGUGCAUCUUGACAAGCCGCCUCAAUUUUUCUUUUCCGGUUUUCUAAGUAUGCUGUCCUUGGAAUAAACCUGGUAGUAGGGCGAGUGAUUUUUCUCUGUUGGUUACUCAUUGCUGGGUUUCCAUAAGAGGAGGACUGUGGAGGUUUAGAUGAUACUGGUAAUGAGCCGCUUCCAACAAAAUGGUAUGUGGACCCCAUAUUGUCCUCAGCAGGCUGCAUUUUGCAUUGAUAUCCCUUUAAUGCAGAUAUUGAUGAUGCCUGUUCAGAAAAGGAUGAAGGUCUAUGGACAUGCUCUUGCGGAGGAGGGGGUAAUAAAGGAUAACUGGGGAGGUAGCUGGUACUAAAACUUUCUGUCUCCUCCUGAACAGUAUCCUUCCAUUCCUUUUUUUCACACAUUUCUGAGU